GGAAACUCGGCUUGUGUGCUGCCAAUCGGAAAAUUCGGCCAAUUCCCCGCAAUUAGAGUCUUAAAUUAUGAAUGAGUCAAUAGAAGUGCAUGCAUUAAGAUACAUACGCAACACAUCAACAUUGACUCAGACAAUCAUAAAUCACCACAUGGUGAAAUAUCAGAGGUGGAGAAUGGUCCGUUGUUGUAUAAGCUUUGAUCUCCCUUCAAGUGCUCUUGUCUCCUUUCCACCACGAUUAACUCUGUCAACACAAUCAAUAUGGCAAUCAGUACAACAGACACUCUAAUCACUCAAUCUACCAGACCGGUAGAAAAGGAAAUCACAACAACAACAAAUGCUCCUACAAUCAUAUUCGAUGAUGCAAAACAAGAAGACAUUCCACACGCAGCGAGGAUCGCAACAAUAGUCUUUGGCGAAACAAGUCGUUGUUUGUUCCCCGAUGGUCCUGAUGAAGAUCAAGUCAAUUACAGAACAAACAAAUUUGAUCAAUUGUUUGCUGCUCAUUUAGGCUACAAGCAAGGAGUUCGUACAAGACCUGCUAGAUUUUUGGUAGCAAGAAACCCAAAGACUGAAAAGGUGAUUGCAUUUUGUGUGGCACUGGUAGAAGGUGGUGAAGAGGAAGAGAGUUACGAGGCUUCCGAUCAAAUUGUACCGAAUGCAUAUACUCCAUUCCCCAAGUAUCCGGAUCCAAAGAGGAUAGCCAAUGAAGUUUGGAAGGAUUUUGCCGAACAGGCUGCUUUGAAUAUGAAAAAGACUGUGGGAAAGAAGAAGAUUUGCCAUAUUCGAUACUUGGCCGUCGAUCCAACAGUCCAACGAACAGGAGCAGGUCGCUCUUUAUUGCGCUUGAUGCGCAAGGUAUUUGCUGGUCUGCCUCUCUAUCUCGAAGCUGAAACAACUCCUUCCGCACAACAAUUUUAUGAAAAGAUGGCAUUUGAGACUGUUGGCUCGUUGGAUUUCAAGGGUUGCCUCAAGCCAUUACCAUGCAUGAUUCUCGAUCCUAACACCAUAUCUUUACUCGAUCAACAACCUAAACAGCACACUGAUCUUCCCGCCACCCCAACUCCUCCUACCUUAUCAGCAUAAUCCAC